AUGUUUGUCUUAAAAGUGAGAAUGAGAAAAUUAGGAAGAAGAAAUGAAAAAAAUUGUUUCAGCACAGUAAGUAAUAAAAGUAGUAAUUUUAUUAAUAAAAAUGAAAGAGAACGUAAUGUAAGUAGGGAAAAAUUCUCUUUUCCAAAGGAAAAGUUUGAUAAUUUUAAACAAAUUAAUGUAAAAAAUUUAAAUAAUAGGGAAUUUUUAUAUUAUAUAGGAUAUGGCAGCAAGAAUAAAUUGUUAAAUUUAGACGUUUUAAAUAGUAUAAUGCAAGAAUUGCAAAUUAAAGUAAUAAAUAGUAUAAAUUGCAUCACGACGGACUUUAAUCAAAAUGAAAAAAAUAUAUUAAAUUCGAAAUGUUAUCAAACAGAAGGUAACACAAAAAAUCCUUUUUUUGAUAUACAUGAUUUAGUGAAAGUCUAUUUAAACAUCUGUUACAUUAAUUCUUAUUUUUUUUUAAAGAAAAAAUAUGAAGAAAGAUUGGACAAAAUAAAGGAGAAUGUUUUAAAUAAAGAAAGAAAUAAUAUGUAUUGUAGUGAAGGACGUGUAUUUGCUGAGAGUAAUCUAUUCUCAAAGAAGACAAUAAAUAAUGUAAAGAGAAAGGGGGUAAUAGGGAUUGAAAAGGAAAUAAAAGGAAAAAAAGAAGAAAAAGGAGAAACAAAAAAAUCAGGAGAAAGCGAACUAACUUACAAUAGUAAUAGUUACACUAGCACGAGUGAUCUAUUUGAGAAAGAUCACUUCAUCUACACAAACAUAUCUGACAAGGACUAUGAACAUAACGAGUUUGUGUGCAAUGAAUAUGUAAAAAAUAUAUUUAAUAUACUUUCCAUAUUUUUUCUUCAAAAUAUAAAUAUUCUGAACAACCAUUACUUAUGCAGACUUUUUUAUGGAUAUAACAAAAGUAAAUUUUAUAAUGGAAGAUAUUUUAAUAAUUUAUGUUUUGAAAUAAUUAAAAGAGUAAAAAAAAUUAGGACAUAUCACUUAUAUUUGAUACUAAUGAACUCUUAUUAUUUAAAUUAUAUAGAUUCUAUAUUUGUUAAAAUAGUACUGAUUAAUACAAUUAGUAAACUUUCUCAAUUACCGUGUGAAGCCAUAUGCCAAGUUAUUCCAGUUGUCCCCUUAUUUAUAAGUUCAGAAAAAUUAUUUUUUAAAAUUAAUGUUAUAUAUUCCAAAAAAAUCGCAAGCUUUAAUCAAAUAAGUCAUCUAAUUAAUUUAUUUAAAAAGAUGGUGCAGUACAACCUUAUAUCUCAGAAAAAUAUAUUCUUAACUUUUAAAUAUUUAAAUAAAUUUAUGAAAGUGAAAAAAAGUUUAUUCAAAACAAGCAAUUUUAAAAAUAAAAAUGUGAAGGAAGAGAGUACGAAAAAGACCAAUGUGCAUGAAUUCAGUGCUUCAAAUGAUGAUAGUGUAAUAAACAAUUUAAUAGAAAACUUUGAUACAUUUACAUAUGAAGACAAUAAAAAAAAAAAAAAUAUCAUGGAAAUUAGUCUAGAUAAAAAUUCAUUAAAGGAUAAUAAUCUUCUAACUUUUAGAAAUGUCAAUGCAAAAUUUAAGAAUGGUAAUGUAUAUACAAAAGAAGUAAAUGGUGAGUUGAAAAACGAAAACUUUUGCAUAACGGAAGAAGAAGAGGAAGGAGCAGUAGAAGUAGUAGAAGGAGUAGUAGGAGAAGUAGUAGAAGACACGUUAGAAAAUGCAGAGGAAGAAUAUCGCAACAAGAGCGAACUUAUUAGAUAUAAUGAAAACUAUGUUGAUGAUACGACAGAGAGUACUUACAAAAAGGAGAAAUUAUUUUUUAAUUUAAAAAUAAUUGAAAUGCACCUAAAGCACGAUUUCAAAAGCAUAUAUUGUCUUUUUCCUAAUGAUUACAAGAAUUUUCUUCAAAAAGUUAAAAACAUUUCAUGUACUUUUAAUAAGAAUAUGCAAGGAGAAAAAUUAAUUUAUAUUUUAAAAAAAUACAUGAAAAUGUUAAACUACAAAUUUAUAACUUUUACUCAUGGGCCAUAUAUUUUACAUAUCUGUGACCCUUUUCAUAAAAUAUAUCUAGAUUGGAAAAAUGGCUGGAAAUUAUACCCAUCGUAUGAACAAGUUUCUCAAAAAAAUUUUGAAAUGAAUAAAAUUAAUCAUCUAAAGAAAGAAGGAUUUAAUGAAAUUUUAAUUUGCCAUGAUUCUUUUACAAAGUGUCAAAAUGAACAGGAAAAAUUGAAAUAUUUGAACUGUAUUUUGCGGCAUACAAAGUUUUCAAAGUGUACUACCAUCAUGAAUGAAAAAGGUAAAUUCCAUGGUCCGCUGGAAUUAAUGGAUAUAUAUGUAUAG